ACCCACAGACCCAGAACAUGAGUCCAGUUUGAACCUGAAAGGGUUCCAGGCACAGUUUUUGCUCUAAUUUCCUUCAUAAAGCCAGAACUUCUCCAGAAGGUUCUGAGGAGAUGACCCAUCAGACAUCAGGAGGACACUAACUGGACCUGACCCACUGGGAACUGACUGGUACUGGUUUCUCUCUCAGACUGACUGAAGUCCAGAAGAUGGAAGAUUGGGAUCUAAAGGAGGACAGAGCGGAAUCUCCAGGAUCCAGCUGUCCUUCUAUGAGGAGUGACCACUCCAAAGGAAUCGAUCCAGAUUUCAGUGAAGAACCGGGACCCUUUGACAUAAAAGGUCUGAACCACAGACAGAGAGCAGAACCUCCAGGAUCCAGCUGUCCUUCUAUGAGGAGUGACCACUCCAAAGGAAUCGAUCCAGAUUUCAGUGCAGAACCGGGACCCUCAGACAUAAAAGGUCCGAUCCAAAGACAGAGAACAGAACCUCCAGGAUCCAGCUGUCCUUCUAUGAGGAGUCACCGGUCCAAAAGACGGAAACCAGAUUUCAGAGAAGAACCAGGACCCUCAGAACCAAAACAGAGAAAGAGGAGCAAAUUGGUUUUUUUUCUGUCUGAAAAAAGAUCCAGAACCAAAGCUGGACGACUGACAGCCAACCAGAGCAGCUCUACAGAAGGUGUUGAUGGUCAAUAUCAACGUUACCUCAAAGUAUUUCUGAAGAAGAAGUUUGAAUGUAUCUGUGAAGGCGUAGCUAAAGCUGGAAAGAAAACCUUUCUCUAUGAGAUCUACACAGAGCUCUUCAUCACAGAGGGGAAGACCAGAGAGGUGAAUGAUGAACAUGAGGUCAGAAGGAUUGAAGCAGCAUCCUGGAAACAAAACAGAGCAGGAACAACAAUCAGACCAGAAGACAUCUUCAAACCACCUAGAGGAAGGGAUCAGAUCAGAACCGUGAUGACGAUGGGAGUGGCUGGCAUAGGGAAAACAGUUUUAACACAGAAGUUCACUCUAGAUUGGGCUAAAGGAAGAACAAACCAGAACAUCCAGUUCAUAUUUCCAUUCACCUUUAGAGAGCUUAAUGUUCUGAAAACAGAGUUAAGCUUGGUGGGACUGAUUCAUAAACACUUUAAGCCAAUCAGAGAUGCAGGGAUCCACAGCUUUGAAGACUUCCAGGUUCUGUUCAUCUUAGAUGGUCUGGAUGAGAGUCGACUUUCUCUCAACAACAAUAAGAUCUUGACUGAUGUUACAGAGUCCACCUCAGUGGAUGUUCUGCUGACUAACCUCAUCAGCGGGAAACUGCUUCCUAAGGCUCUCCUCUGGAUAACCACACGACCUGCAGCAGCCAAUAAGAUCCCAGAUGAGUUCAUUGACAUGGUGACAGAGGUCAGAGGCUUCACCGACCCACAGAAGGAGGAGUACUUCAGGAAGAGGUUCAGAGAUGAAGGAUGCAGGAUUAUCUCCCACAUUAAAAGAUUAAAAAGUCUCUUCAUCAUGUGUCACAUUCCCGUCUUCUGCUGGAUCACUGCUCAUGUUGUGGAGGGUUUAUUGGAGACCAGAGAAGGAGGAGAGCUGCCAAAGACCCUGACUGGGAUGUACAUCCGCUUCCUGAUGCUUCAUAUCAAACGAGAAAUGUUUAAGUAUGAAGAACAGAAGAGAAAGUCCCCAUGGACUCCAGAGAAUAUCAAGAUGGUUCAUUCUCUGGGAAAACUGGCCUUUGAGCAGCUGCUGGAAGGAAACCUGAUCUUCUAUAAACAAGACCUGGAAAAGUGUGGCAUCAGCUUCCAAGAUGCUUCAUGGUUCUCAGGAGUGUUUACUGAGAUCUUUAAAGAGGAGAGAGGGAUGGACGACAUCUCAGUCUACUGCUUUGUUCAUCUGAGCUUCCAGGAGUUUCUGGCUGCAGUCUACAUGCUCCACUGCUUCACCAGCAGGAACACAGAGGUGGUGGAGAACUUCCUGGGAGAAGAAUGCAGAGAAACAUCACUAGAGGACUUCAUGAAGAAAGUCAUGGAGAAAUCUCUCAGCAGUAAAAAUGGCCAUCUGGACAUGUUUCUUCGCUUCCUUCAUGGCCUCUUGGUGGAGUCCAACCAGAGCCUCUUAGGAGGCCUGCUGGGUCAGAUGGAGACCAGUCCAGGAACCACCCAGAGAGUCAUAAACAAUCUGAAGGAGGUGAAAACUGAUGAAGAUAUUUCUCCUGAUAGAAGCAUCAACAUCUUCCACUGUCGUCAGGAGAUGAAGGACCCCUCAGUUUAUCAGGAAAUCCAACAGCUCCUGAAAUCAGAGAAGUACCUCUCAGAGACCCAGUGCUCAGCUCUGGCCUACAUGCUGCAGAUGUCAGAGGAGGUUCUGGAUGAGUUCGACCUGAUGAAGAUCAACACGUCAGAGAAUGGAAGACUUAGGCUGGUUCCAGCUGUGAGGGACUGCAAAAAGGCUCGACUUGGUGGCUGUGAACUCACUAAGGCUGAAUGUGAAGCUGUGGCCUCAGCUCUAAAGUCCAACCAUCACCUGACUGAAGUUGAAAUAGAGAAGAUCUCAGGAGAUUUCUUCUUUGGAGAAUCUGGAAUGAAGCAUCUGUGUGAGAUAUUGGAGAGUUCAAUCUGCAAAGUGAAGACACUGAGAUUGAAGAACGUCAGCUGUGCUUCUUUGGGCUCAGCUCUGAAGUCAAAACCAUCCCAUCUGACAGAACUGGAUCUGAGAGAAGCUGACCUGGAAUCUGGAAUGAAGGAUCUCUGUGGGUUUCUCCAGUCUCCCCUCUGCAAACUACAGACAUUGAGAUUGGAUUACUGCAUGUUGUCAGAGAUCAGCUGUAUGUCUCUGGGCUCAGCUCUGAAGUCAAAUCCAUCCCUUCUGACAGAACUCGACCUGAGCCAAAACAAACUGGACCCUAAAAUGAAGCAUCUCACUGGGUUUCUCCAGUCUCCCCUCUGCAAACUACAGACAUUGAGAUUAAGGAGCUGUGGUUUGUCAGAGAUCAGCUGUGCUUCUCUGGUCUCAGCUCUGAAGUCAAACCCCUCACAUCUGACAGAACUGGACCUGAGGAGAAACAACCUGAAGCACUCUGAUGUUCAGCAGCUGCAGAAUCUUGUAAAGAGUUCAGACUACAAACUGAAGACACUGGAGUGGGAGGAAACGGUGGAGUACUCUGGCUAUGAGGAUUACACUGACUAUGAGGAUUACAGUGACCAGACCGGCAGCGAGGAUUAUAAUGACGAUGAGGAUUAUAAUGACGAUGAGGAUUAUAAUGAAGAUGACGAUUAUAAUGACGAUGAGGAUUAUAAUGACGAUGAGGAUUAUAAUGAAGAUGACGAUUAUAAUGACGAUGAGGAUUAUAAUGACGAUGACGAUUAUAAUGACGAUGAGGAUUAUAAUGAAGAUGACGAUUAUAAUGACGAUGAGGAUUAUGAUGACAAUGAAGAUUACAGUGACCAGACUGACAGUGACGAGAACUGGAGCUGAUCUGUCUCCUGAUGAUCAACAGAAGCUGAAGCUGCAGUUUCUUAAUUCACUAGAACACGAGUACGGACUUGUGUUCUCUCCAAGUGGGGAAUAAUAAUGAACACAGUCAGAUAAACACAAAUCAAAUGAACAUUUUGCCAAAUAAAACAAUUAAACCUCCAUCAGAGCGAGCAGUACUUCACUAAUGGCUAUGCAGAGAGAGGGCUGCUGCAGAUGGCGUAAGAUUAGCCCUGGGUGAGGCAGACGAGCUAAAGUUAGCCCAGCCAGGCCUGACAUCAGACAGGCUUACGUUAGGCCUAGCUGCGCUUAGCCUUGGAGCUCCGCUGGUUGCUGUGGUCCUCUCAACAUCGGAAUAUUUUUUUUAAUUAUGCACUACAUCAGUAAAUAGGCCAUAUAGAGAAGCUUAAAGUAUAAUGUUCUCACAUCAAAUGAUCUUUUAACAUACUUUUAUUGAACAACAGCAACAGAACUUUUAAAUUAAUACU